CGGUGCGGAGCACGACAGUCUCGAUUCUCGUCUCUCCGGAUACAUAUGUACACACAACAUAUAUGUGUAUAUAUAUAUACUUUUUAAAAGAGUAUUGCCCUCUAUCGUAAUUGUCGUGCUGGUGCUAGUGCUAGUGCUGGGUACUGUUGUGUCUUGUGUGUUGAACCGAGUUAGUGUUAUUAUGAUUACCGAAUAAGUGGUGUCGUCUGGGUCUGGAUGAGUCCUCAGUCCGAGUCUCAGUCGAUUUAUUUAUCAGGACGGAGUACACACACACACACAAACACAUACACACUAAUAAAUAUAUUAAAUCACUGCAUUAUAAAAUAAUAAAACUAGUCUAUCAACCCCAGCAGCUAUCAUCCAAUAUAACAAGUGACAUAUUCUACUGAGUGCUCCGUAAUAGCUGAUAGAUCACCAAGACAACUGGGUAUUUAAUUAAAAUAACAAAUAGUCGAUAAAAAUAUAUGUUUAUAUAAAUAUUUUACGGUAAUAGGGAAGUAAAAGUAAUGUGCCAGGGUUGAUUUACCAUAGCGGGAAAUAAAAAAUAUUACGGCAUUACGCUCGGACGGUUUUAUGUUGGAUCCAGUGGGCAAUCUUUUGAAUUAAUGUUUGUUGGAUCGUUGAUUAGAUAUGCUCUGUUGACGGUGCACUGUCAAUUGUAUCAAUGACCGAAGCCCUGGGAUUUGCGGUUGUAAAUAAUAAACACCAGAGUUUCCUUGAUUCCACUGAUAACUUUUUAAAAUUAUAACACAACACCACCAGAAUCUAAUCACCAUCGAGAUUAUUGCUUGUGCUCUACAUAUUUCAGUGGAUAAGCUUGUUUACGACGUCUAUGACUCAAUUAUGAUGAACCGAGAGGAUUGGAGCGGCGUUUGGUAGGAAACAAAUAGCGUCUAGAUGUGCGAGUUGCCAGAUAGCGAAAGCAGAUAGACGGAAGGAAUGGGUGCUGGGAUGGGCAGGACAGGAACGAGUGGCGGAGGCCUCCUCGAGGCAUUACCCACCGGCUCGCCGCUCCACGUUGCCAUGCUGGGCCUAGACAGCGCUGGAAAAACCACGGCAUUGUAUCGACUUAAAUUCGAUCAGUAUCUCAAUACUGUUCCCACGAUUGGUUUCAACUGUGAGAGAAUUCGCGGGGCUAUUGGAAAAGCUAAAGGUGUAAAUUUUCUAGUAUGGGAUGUCGGUGGGCAAGAAAAGCUACGACCCCUCUGGAAGUCUUAUACGAGAUGCACCGACGGUAUUAUAUUUGUCGUAGACUCGUGUGACACGGAAAGACUAGAGGAAGCUAAAAUGGAAUUAACUAGAACAGCAAGAAGUCCAGACAAUGCCGGUGUGCCGAUACUUAUUUUAGCUAACAAACAAGAUUUGCCUGGUGCUAAAGAGGUUGGUGAGUUGGAGAAGCAUCUCGGCGUGCUUGAGUUCACAGGAUCUCCGGGCUGUUCGUGCAUAAGGGUCCAACCAGCGUGUGCUAUUACCGGAGAGGGUCUUCACGAGGGUCUCGAUACUCUUUAUCAGUUGAUACAGAAGCGACGCAAGCUUGCUAAAUUAAACCGAAAACGGGCUAGGUAGGCCCGCGCCUCUGAGGACUGUACGUGUGUCUUUUGAUACCACAAUUCGUGUCCUCAAAUAUUAACCAAUUAUCAUUGUGAUAUUUGGCCGGUUAAAAAAUACGGUAACUUAUUUUCUCUAAAAGAAGUUGCACGACCGGAUUAUUCUGUCGCUGCCGUACUCAGCGAGUAUUUAUACACGUUUACAAGCAAGUGUCUGUAAAUGUCUGUGUGGGGAAUUUUUUGACGAAUCGACGUCGUUGCCCAAGUUUGGAAGCUCAAGUCGACGACGAGUCAAGUACAAUCCGACAAAACGAAUAAACAUGCCACCAACUGACAACUCCUAUAACUGGCCCGUUUUUACUGUGACGUGUUUAAGUAGGAGUAAAAAAAAGUAUAUAAAAAAAAAAAAGAUAACACGAUAAAUAAAUGAAACGUGGAUAUUUAAAAAAUAAAUAUAAUAAAUUUAUUAAAACGCGUUGUAAUCCGUAGGUGAAUAUUUUAAUUACUGAGACUCCAACGCGUGUAUUGUUGCAACGAUUAUUGAACCACAAUCCGACCUCAAUGAUUAUUGUCAUCGUGAUAAUACGUCUUUUUCAACCAAUUACAAUAUAAAUAAAUUAAAAAAAAAAUAUAUAUAUAUAUAUAUAAAUAUAUAAAAUUAGACACAAGUAGGAAAAAUGGGAGAAAGUUAAAAUAACGUGAGAAAGAGAGAGAAAGAGAAGAGAUGUAACUCUCGACUGAUUCUACAAUUGACUAAAAACUCAUCGUCUUACAUGCUCGUGCCUCUUAUUAUGUCUAUUAAUACUUUACACAUCUUUGUACCCCGCUGACCUACUGAGUCAUUCGUGUAAUGUGUAUUUUAUUCUAUAUCUGUCUUGUUUAAAUUUAAAACCCAGAAAAGUCUCGACAUCGUUGCUGGCAAUUGAUUGUCAACAUGAUCUAACUUUUAAUUGCAGACCUACGUCUGAUAAGAUUGUUGUUGUUUUAUUGCUAUAAUUUAUAUUGUUUACACAGUCUAUUGAUACGGUCUUUUAUUUCACCGGUAGCUUCUCGCUCUCAUUAGUCAUUUCGUUGCUCAUUAUAUUGACAGUUGGUUUUAGUUAUCUAUUUUAUUAUUAUCAUAAAUCAUAACUAUUAUUAUUAUUAAUUAUACUUUAAUAUAACUUAAAUUUUAAUUAUUAAAAUGUCACUCCCGUAUGCUAAAGAGUGAUGAUACUAGUCGACUUAACACUUGUUUUAAGUCUGUGCUAUAAAUGGAAUGAGUGUCUGGUAAUAUUCAAAUGUAAAUAUAAAUAAUAAUAAUAAUUAUAAACACUGGUCCGUGAUGUAUAAAAAAAACGCGGCUAUAGAAUAAUAUGUGUACAUUUAAAAUUGCUUGUCAAAUAAGAAAGAGCAAGUAGACCAUCCGUCGUUUAAUUAUCAUUACUCUUAUCACUUAAAAUUUUUAGCGCACUCUUGUUAUUUAAUAUGCUAAUUAGAGCUUACGUAUGACAUAUCGAGUAGUGAUUUAUCUUGUUCUUUUUUUUUUUCAUUAGAUAAUUUAAAUUAAUUGCCGAUGGUGGUCGACUUCUCGCACUUAUUUGCGGUCGCAAAAAUACUCGAGUCCUAGAUGAUAAGAAUCCUCGCGUAAGUUGUUUUUAUAACGAAGUGUAAUAAGAAAAUUAUUAUUAUUAUUAUUAUUAUUAUAUAUGUAUAUGUAUAAAUACUUGCCCUUGUUGUGUUUAUUAGUCUUAAUAUUUUAUCUAAAGUUUUAACCAAUCGAUCUAUUUAUCUACGCGUUAAAAUCUUCAGUAUGUCUGCGCGUGAAAAAAUGCUAAUGUGAUUGAUUGAUAAUUAGAACCAUUGUAAUUUAAUUAUAAAAAAAGGAACAAAAAAACAAACAAUGAAAUUUUAUAAUUAAUUGUAUAUUGAUAAUAUUUAUGUAGAUGGAUUAUUUAUCUUUACGCUCUUAAUUCAUAAUAGUAAGUAUUA